GGGGAAGUGACGCGCAGGCCUGCCCCGGAAGGGCGGGCGCUGCCCGGAACCCGCCGCAGCCAUGUAGGUACCGUUACCGGAGGGGAACGGCGCCGGAGCGGCCAUGGAGGGCGCAGACGACAGUGGCGCCGCGGCCCCCCCUCUGCCGAACCUCACUCCCCGGCACCGGCAGCUCAUCCCCACGCCCUGCGGCCCCAUAAAACCUUGUUCAGAGCUAUCCUUUCCUGUGAAGAUCUACUUCUGUGUCACUAUUUUGUCUCUGCUAAGUGUAAUAGGGCUAACUAUAGAGACACUUGUCCGACAGACUGAGGAAGAUUUCACCAUUUCUCUUAUUCAGUUGGUUGGAGUUGUGUUCUGUGUGUACUAUGUGACCAGAGGAAUCCUGCAGGAGAACCGCCAGGAGCUCAUCGUCUUUGUCCUUUCCAUCUUGCUAGUGAUGUUUCGUUCCAUUGUCAACUUCACUGUUCUCUCUGCUGAGCAGAAGCCCAAACUCCUGGCCCGCUUCAUCCUGAUCCUCUUGGUUGGCUCCUUUGAUGUGAUCUGUGCCAUCAUCCUCAUUCAGAGUCAGAGCAUGAUGGCCUUCCGAGUGGGUGGUGCUCUAGAAAGCCUGCAGUCACAGUACUUCAUGCUCAACCUCUGCUUUUCCAUGCUGACCUUUGAUCUCCAGGCACAGCUCUGCUUGUGUAUUCUGCUGAUAAGCCUUCAUGAGAUCAGCCUUCUACACAACAUCAUCUCAGCAACAGGGGCUCUGUGGGCCUGCCUGAAGGUGACCAUCAGCAUCAUUGCAAUUUUAAAAGAGCUGAAACCUCUGGUAUGGAUUUUUCUGAGUCAGAACAUACCUGAAGUGGCUUAUCUCAUCUACCUGCUUUACACGGUGAUAAGGGAGUGGGGCAAAGGGAAUUCUUACACUCUGGAAGCCGCUUUCAUUAUUGGCUCUGGCAUUUCUGUUGCAAUCAAGUCCGUUCUGUUUUGGGCACUGAUUCACGUCUACCGCAGCUUUGGGCAGGGGCUGAGAGAAAGAAUGUUUUCUUCCUAUGGAAGGAUCGAUUCCUGAGCAUCCCCCUUGUGCUCACCUGCAGCUCUUAAAGAGUGAAAUCCCAGCUGGGGAAGUUCUGAUCAAGUACUUGCAUUGGGGAUGUAAGACAAUGGGCCAGUUUCAGAGGGGAAGAGGAAGUUGCUCAGAAAAAUGUCUCUACAUUUCUUGGUUUGCUUUGUGCUGGGGAGCUGGAGCAGUGCAGCUGGUGAACGAGUAUGAAAGGCAAAGCGUGCUGGGGAAGCGAGCAGUAAUCCUCUGCAUUCAGUGAGCUGUGCUGCCAGGACAAUGCAUCUCAGCUCUCCUUGUUCUCCUGCUGUUGCUCUGUGACUGCAGGAGGUUCACAACAUGCAUGUGAGUUGUUACUAAAACUGCUGGGUUUCUGGCUGUGCACAAAGAUGAUGAUACUAACCUGCUCACCCAUCCCAUAUGCCCGAGUCUGGAAGGGGGCUGCCCUGACACUGUUUCUCAACUCACAUCUGUUGCUGAACAGAGGUCAAGCCCUGGAGCAGUUUUGAUGACAGCUGCAGUCCCUGAUCUCCACUUUGGCUGUGUGAUAGCUUAACCCUUACAGAAUGGUUAGGGCUCUUAGUCCUCCUCUGACUUCAGACUGUUCCAGUUGGUUUUAGUAUAUUUUUAAUCCCAACUACUCCCUGUACUCUCCUCCCCUCCUGCAGCGUGUCUAACCCACGGGCCAUUUCAUACUCCAAGGGUGACUGUUAAACUAAGCCUUUAAUACUGGAAUUUAAAAGUUUGAUAAUCUAUUGACUGGAACCUUUAGCUACUGGCUGUCUAUUUUUUAAUAAAGUGUAAACACAGUUUGCAUGGAUAAUUAUUGCUCACAGUUCAGUGGGAAGCCUGUUCACAAACUGGUUAUGGAAGAGGCUGAAGCUGGAAUUCACUUGUGUUGUGAACAGUGCUGUCCUGUUCCUCUUCAGAGACAUCUUGCAGAAAUACACUGCAGAAAGUAGUCAAAAUAAUUUGUAGCUUACUAGGGAAACUGAUAAAGAUGAUCUCAGAACUAUUAAAAAUAGAUAUGUAUUUCUCCUAAUCUUCUAAACCUGAAAGGAAUGUACUUUAUAGCUAGCACAAGAGAGGCAGGAAGAGGUUAAGUAUCUAUGGUCAGACUGCAUAGAGCUGACAACAUCAAGAGAAAGCUCCAGAGUGCCAGCUGAUGACUGUGACUUCAUUCCACAAAUCCAAAUGUGACUAUGAAUUGUUGCUGAAAUGGAGGAACACAAUUAAGCAUAUUCAAUCCUUUGCUGAAACAAGCAAACAUGCAGCAGGUCUUGCCCUGAGCAGUGAAGGGAAGACUUGGAUCUUGCAGUAGGCCUGGGCUUGGUCACAGUUAGCUGAAGAAAGCGUGUUUGUGCUCUGUUCCUUUUAUUUUCAAUGCAAUGACAUGUCAGGAACAAUUAUCAUGAGAAGGAAACACACUCAAACAUUUCUCUCCCCCAAACCAGAAGUGCAUUGUUAUGCCCUGGAGAAUUAACCUUCCUCUUUUCACAGGGAAAUUACUUGAUUU